AUGACGACAGUUUCUACCACAUUUUCCCCAGAAUACCUGGCCCAGUACCGUGGCAAUACACCAAUUGCAAUAUGUGUCACCUUUAUUGUUCUUGAAAUAGUGUUUGUCGCUUUGAGAUAUUGUGCUCGCUGGGUUGGAAAAGCAAAAUGGGGUAUGGAUGAUUUUCUCAUGAUUCCAGCUCUCAUACUUUGUCUGGAACAAUGUGGAGUGGGUAUAGCUUUUAUUAUAGUCGGUGGUGGUGGUUAUCACUCCGCACGCGGGUUUCCUACCGAGCAGAUCAUUAAAUUUCAUCAACUUCAAUUCAGUAUUGCCAUAUCAUACUUUUCUGCAGUCUUGUUCCCAAAAUUGGCCAUACUUGCCAUUUAUCUACGUCUUUUUGACGUCAAGAGAGGCUUCCGCAUAGUCACCUGGAUAAUUGGGGCAUUCAUGAUCGCAAAUUGGAUUGGAACAACGGUGGCAAUGUCCCAAAUUUGCCAUCCAGUGCAAUUUUUCUGGAAUCAAAAAAUUCCCGGUGGAGGAAAAUGUUUUAACAUUGUGGACUUUCUUCGUUGGUCAAGUUUCAUGAAUAUCAUUACCGACCUUGCUAUGCUUGUUCUGCCCAUUCCUGUAGUCUUAGAAUUGCAGAUGUCAAAGAAGAUGAAGGCUGGUCUGGUCAUUACUUUUGCUUUGGGGAGUUUAGGACUGGUUACAUCAAUUAUCCGCUUUGUUGGUUUCUUCACUAGCAACGCAGUAAUAGAUCCCCAAUGGGCGGCUGCUCCAUUGGUUACUUGGACUAUUCUAGAGACUGGGACGUAUUUCAUUGCAGCGUGUCUUCCGACACUCCGUCCCCUUGCCGUGUUCUUAUGGAAACGUAAUCCUCUGUCGCAGCUACGGUCCAGAAGUGCCGUUACUAAGAACUCCGGAACCGGUGGCAGUAUUGCAUUGCAGAGCAGAGGCAAAGCAGGCUUCAAAACUUUCGAUGAUGACUCAAAUGAGUUGAUUGACUCAAAAGAAAGUCAUCAGUGGGUAUCAAGUACGACAGAUGUAGAGCGAGGUACACGAUCCUCAAGAUCUGAUGGAAUUACGAUCAAACGAAGUGUUGACGUCACUUCCCAAUAG